CCCGCCCCGCUCCCUUCAAAGCGUUGUUGGAGUCGAGGAAAAGUUGUUGACAGGGAAAGUACACAGCGUCUCUAUCCAACUUUUUUUUUUAAUCGCAAAAAAUGGCUGGGAGCGUUAAAAGGUUUUACGACCUGACAGCCAAGCUGCUGUCCGGUGACCCGUUCAGUUUCUCGGCGCUGAAGGGGAAGGUAGUUCUCAUUGAGAAUGUGGCGUCUCUCUGAGGAACAACCAUCAGGGACUACACGCAGAUGAACGAGCUUCACUCUCGCUACUCCGCAGAGGGACUCGUUAUCCUGGGUGUCCCCUGCAAUCAGUUUGGACAUCAGGAGAAUGGCAGGAACGACGAAAUUCUAAAAUGCCUAAAGUACGUCCGUCCAGGGAAUGGCUUCGAACCAAACUUCCAGCUCCUUGAAAAGGUGGACGUGAAUGGAAAGGAGGCCCACCCCCUGUUUGUCUAUCUGAAGGAGAAGCUUCCAGUCCCCAGCGACGACGCCGUGUCUCUCAUGACUGAUCCAAAGUUCGUCAUCUGGAGCCCCGUGUGCAGGAGCGACGUCUCCUGGAACUUUGAGAAGUUCCUGAUCGGCGCUGACGGGGAGCCUUACAAGCGCUACAGCAGAAACUUCCUCACCAUUGAUCUUGAGGGAGACAUCAAAGAGCUGCUGAAGAGGACCAAGUAGAAUGUGCAACGACACUCUGGUGGUCUGGUUGUUGAAGAUAUCGACCACUCCAACUCAGACACACUUAUCAGCAGGCACACCUACUUUUUGGGUACUUUUAUCAAGCUUUUCCCAGCUCACAGCUUCAGUAAAACCGCAUUCUGAAGAUUGUGAUACCUUCAGUGGUAUACGCACUUGGUUCCUGAACCCAUUUACUUAAUGACGACACUCCUGGAAACCGUUUUUGUGUAGGGAGUUUCUGAUGCAGAUGUAAAUGUUUGCCUUUACCGCUGUCUGUACCACAAUUACAAUAUUUGGACAAAAAGAUAAAUUUGUGCAUGUUUUUUGUAAGACGUUCUUUUUAUAUUGCAAUAAAAAGCAUAUAUGCUAAAUGCAGAUAA